UGGCACCUGACGUGCGUCUUUCUCACCGCCGUUUGCCGUUUCUCCUCCCGCCGCCAAGAUGCCGCGGAUCAUGAUCAAGGGGGGCGUGUGGCGAAACACGGAGGAUGAAAUUCUUAAAGCAGCUGUAAUGAAAUAUGGCAAAAACCAAUGGUCUCGUAUUGCCUCUUUAUUACACAGAAAAUCAGCAAAGCAGUGCAAAGCCAGAUGGUAUGAGUGGCUGGACCCAAGUAUCAAGAAGACAGAAUGGUCACGAGAAGAAGAGGAGAAGUUGUUGCAUUUGGCCAAACUUAUGCCAACCCAGUGGAGGACAAUCGCACCAAUUAUUGGGAGAACAGCUGCCCAGUGCUUGGAACACUAUGAAUUUCUCCUGGAUAAGGCUGCUCAAAGAGACAAUGAGGAAGAAACUGCUGAUGAUCCUCGAAAACUUAAACCUGGAGAAAUUGACCCAAACCCAGAAACCAAGCCAGCCAGGCCAGACCCAAUUGAUAUGGAUGAGGAUGAACUUGAGAUGCUUUCUGAAGCUAGAGCUCGGUUGGCUAACACUCAGGGAAAGAAAGCCAAAAGGAAAGCAAGAGAGAAGCAGCUGGAAGAAGCUAGGCGUCUUGCUGCCCUCCAGAAGAGGAGAGAACUUCGAGCUGCAGGGAUUGAGAUCCAGAAGAAAAGAAAGAAGAAAAGGGGAGUUGACUAUAAUGCAGAAAUCCCAUUUGAGAAGAAACCUGCUGCAGGUUUUUAUGACACAUCAGAAGAAAACUACCAGGCCCUGGAUGCAGAUUUUAGGAAGUUAAGGCAACAAGACUUGGAUGGGGAGCUGAGAUCGGAAAAGGAAGGAAGAGAGCGAAAGAAAGAUAGGCAGCAGCUGAAACGGAAAAAAGAGUCUGAUUUACCUUCAGCAAUUCUUCAGACUAGUGGUGUGUCAGAAUUCACGAAAAAAAGAAGCAAGCUGGUGCUUCCAGCUCCUCAGAUUUCAGAUACAGAACUUGAAGAAGUAGUUAAAGUUGGCCAAGCAAGUGAGAUUGCACGUCAAACAGCAGAGGAAUCUGGGAUCACAAACUCUGCAUCCAGCACACUCCUGUCAGAAUACAAUGUUACCAACAAUAGCAUUGCUCUUAGGACACCUAAAACACCAGCAGCACAGGACAGGAUCCUACAGGAAGCCCAGAAUUUGAUGGCUCUUACAAAUGUUGAUACCCCCUUGAAAGGUGGUCUGAAUACCCCUCUCCAUGAGAGUGACUUCACUGGAGUAACACCGCAGAGGCAAGUUGUUCAGACGCCAAAUACAGUGCUUUCCACACCCUUCAGGACACCUUCCCAUGGAGCUGAAGGGCUGACUCCUCAUAGUGGAAUGACUCCAAAGCCGGUAGUAGGUGUGACUCCAGGUAGAACUCCCCUGCGUGAUAAACUAAAUAUUAAUCCUGAGGAGGGAAUGGCAGAUUACAGUGAUCCAUCCUAUACAAAACAUAUGGAAAGAGAAUCCCGUGAAAAUUUGCGUCUAGGACUUAUGGGGCUUCCUGCUCCAAAGAAUGACUUUGAGAUUGUCCUACCUGAAAAUGCGGAAAAGGAACUUGAAGAUCAUAAUGCAGAUGAUACAUAUAUAGAGGAUGCAGCUGAUGCAGAUGCUCGGAAGCAGAGUAUUCGAGAAAUGGAGCGUAUAAAGGCACUAAAGCGAAUGCACAAAGCAGUUCAGAAAGAUCUGCCAAGACCCUCUGAAGUAAAUGAAACAAUCCUGAGACCCUUAAAUGUAGAGCCACCUCUAACAGAUUUACAGAAGAGUGAAGAGCUGAUUAAGAAAGAGAUGAUUACCAUGCUUCAUUUUGACCUUGUGCAUCACCCUUACGGAGAACUCCCAGGAGGCAAAAAGGGGAAAGUCCCAGGGUUUGGUCCCGGUAGCACAGAACACCUAUCUUAUCUUGAACACAAUCCUUAUGAGAAAUACUCGAAGGAAGACAUCAAAAAGGCUGAAGAACUCUUGGCCCAAGAAAUGGAAGUGGUGAAGCAAGGAAUGGGGCAUGGAGAACUUUCAAGUGAAGCUUAUAAUCAAGUGUGGGAAGAAUGUUACAGCCAGGUGUUGUUCCUUCCUGGGCAGAAUCGCUACACACGAGCUAACUUGGCCAGUAAAAAAGACAGAAUUGAAUCCCUAGAGAAGAGACUUGAGAUUAACAGAGGUCACAUGACUACAGAAGCUAAGAGGGCUGCCAAGAUGGAGAAAAAACUGAAGAUAUUGCUUGGUGGUUAUCAGUCUCGAGCGAUGGGGCUCAUAAAGCAAUUAAAUGACUUGUGGGAUCAAAUUGAACAAGCUCAUCUUGAAUUGCGCACAUUCGAGGAAUUAAAGAAACAUGAAGAUGCAGCUAUUCCUAGGAGAUUAGAGUGUCUAAAGGAAGAUGUUCAGCGGCAACAAGAACGAGAGAAAGAACUUCAGCAGAGAUUUGCAGAGUUCAUGCUGGACAAGGAAGCUUUUCAGUCGAAAUAUUAAGUCACACAUCUUGCUUAAGCCAUGUUUUGUAACAUUUCUCAAAUGCAAUAGAUAGAUUUUGCCUCCUGUGUCUCAAAUCAAACAUAAGCAAAUUGGGUCCCGAAUCCAUUUUGUGUUUUACGUAAGACUGAAGGCCCUGCAUCUUAUGAGGGAGAGGUGAAUUGAAACAUAUACAGAGAGGAUAAUUGACACGCACUAAGGGGUGCUGUCCAGGG